UGCAACCCAUAGUUGUGAGCGGCUCUCGCCGUUCAUGGUAAUGGUGUUGGUGGUGGUGUGUAUGUGCUUGUCGCCGAUUUGAUCCCCCAAACGCUGCCAUGAGCGCCUGCUUGUGAUUUGAGCACAACGGAACACCUCGGAGACGAAAAGUGGUUGCAUUCCUCUGCGUGGCAAGCAUCAAGGAAAAGGCCGGCAGGGUGGUGAGGGGGGCCAUGAGUAGCACUGCCGAGUGAGCGGAAGACCGUUACCCUCUGAGGACCCUCUGCCCCCCCCCCCCUUGGUGCAGUCGGGGGUCCCAGUGGCCCCUGCGUGGCCUCUGCCACCAUGAAGAUCGAGCGCAGCCGGCUCAAGAAAAGCUCCUCGGAGGUUCCGCUGGACUGUAAGCUCCUGGUCGAGCGGCUCAAGAGCUGCACCCAGGAGGAGCUGCUCCAGGAGCUCAAGGCCGUCAAGAGCUGGAACUGGGGCAAAUGUGAGCUGUACCACUGGAUCGAUGUCCUGGACCUGUUCGACUCUCUGCUGGAGGCAGCAUGCCAGACAACCCAGGAAGGCCAGUGGUGUCUGCCAUGCGACAGUCCUGGCCGAGAACAGGAGAAGGAGCUCCUGUUGUACAUUCUCCAGUUUACAGCCCUCCUGAUCGAACACAGCUUCUCGAGGCAUCUCUACAACUCCAUGGAGCACCUAACGGCACUGCUGUCGUCAAGCGACAUGCAAGUGGUGCUGGGUGUACUCAACCUACUCUACGUUUUCAGCAAACGUUCCAACUUCAUCACAAGGUUAAAUCCAGACAGGCGGCAGGCCCUCCUGACAAGGCUGACGUACCUGGCGGAGAACUGGGGGGGAAAGGAGAAUGGCUUCGGCCUGGCUGAAUGCUGUAGGGACCUUCCAAUGAGCAAAUUUCCAGCCAGUGCCACGACUCUUCACUUUGAGUUUUACAUGGAACCUACGGAUGGCACGGGAGCCAAGAAGCAGCCAUCCACCACAGUCUCCGUCAUUCACAUGGAAAACGUGGACAAGAUUACGAACAAGAACCCAUCUCAGAUCAUGGAGGAACUGCUCGAGACAUACGCUGUCCCACCAGCCAAACACAUGCUGCUGCUGACACAUGUUCGUUUAGCGCACAGUUUUUCCAGCUACCCCAAGCGGUUACAGUGUGUGCAGGCUCGGCUUCAAGCGCUCUCCAUACUCGUGUACUGCAGUGCAAUCCAGGACAACAUAAACAGUCUCCUGUACAACGGCCUCAUCGAGGAGCUCGUGGAUGUCUUAGAGUUGAAGGAUCCCAAUCUCAUAGAAAUCAAGGCCGCUUCUCUACGAACACUGACCUCUAUCAUUCACCUAGACCGCAAUCCAAAGCUCGGCGCCAUUGUUGAUGCAACUGGUGCCGCAUCCUACCAUGGCUUUCUGCCCGUGCUCGUCAGGAGUUGCAUUCAGUCGCUCACGGAGCCUGGUGCCGACCCAUUCCCCUUGCCAUUCGCCACAGCACUGUUUUCGUUUCUGUACCACUUGGCCAGCUAUGAGAGUGGUGGGGAAGCGCUGGUGUCCUGUGGGAUGGUGGAAUCUCUCCUGAAGGUGAUUGGCUGGCACGGCACCGAGCCGGAGCACAUCACGUUUGUAACCCGCGCAGUACGUGUGAUAGACCUCAUCACAGGACUGGACAUGCAGACCUUUCAGGCUCACGGUGGCCUCAACAGCUUCAUUCGACGACUUGAGCUCGAAGUGGAGCAUUGUAGGAAAGAGCAGCCAUUUGCCAUCCGGCCACGACACAGGGAGCCCUCGGUUGCUUCGACUGACGAGAAUCUUGCCCAGGACCCAACUCCAAUGGAAGUGGAUCAGUCGCCAAGGAGUGAGUCACUAGCCUCUACAUCCGCGAGAGGUGAUGCUGGUGUAGAUGGCAUCGAAGGCGGAGCGCCAACGUCGCUCGUUGCAUCCAGUGAUUUAGAGGAGGAACCGGAAAUUCGAAGAGGCCUUCAGUGCUUCCCUCAGAGGGCGGCUCUCCUCAAGUCGAUGCUCAACUUUCUCAAGAAAGCGAUCCAGGACCCAUCGUUUGCAGACAGCAUACGGCACUUGAUGGAUGGCUCCUUACCACGUUCCUUGAAGCACAUCAUCAGUAACUCCGAGUACUACGGUCCGUCUUUGUUCCUAUUAGCCACCGACGUGGUCACAGUGUACGUCUUCCAGGAACCAUCGCUCCUGUCUUCGUUGCAGGACAAUGGCCUCACGGACGUUGUUCUUCAUGCCCUUCUAGUGAAAGAGGUGCCAGCGACGAGGGAAGUCCUGGCAUCCCUCCCGAAUGUGUUCAGUGCACUGUGCCUCAACGCCCGUGGUUUGCAAGCAUUUGUGGCCUGUCGGCCGUUUGAACGACUGUUUAAGGUUUUGCUGUCACCGGACUAUCUGGCGGCCAUGCGUCGACGCCGUUCGUCAGACCCCAUGGGUGACACUGCAUCCAAUUUGGGAAAUGCCAUGGACGAACUGAUGAGGCAUCAGCCGAGUCUGCGGGUUGAUGCCACCGCAGCUAUUAUCAAGCUUUUAGAAGAGCUGUGCUCCGUGGGCCGCAAUCCGGCCUUCGUGUGCUCCCGGCCAGCAGCUAAGAGUGAGGCGGGCGGAGUCUCCGGCAGCGGAGCCCAGGCCUCCAGCCACGGGGGCGGGGCUUCUGGAAGUGGAGCCGGUGGUCGAGGCUCUGGAAUGGCCAACGAUGCGGGCUCCUCGGACGAAGAAGAAGAGGAGGAGGACGUGGACCCGGCACCCACGGUGCCGUCGACGCCCAAGGCCAACGAUGAAGGCAAGGCGGCGUCCGGCACCGGGGGCACCACAGCCGAGGCGCGCACCCCGGUGCCCCUGGUGGACUACAUCCUGAAUGUGAUGCGGUUCGUGGACGCUAUCCUGAGCAACAACUCGACCGACGACCACUGCCGGGAGUUUGUACAGCAGAAGGGGCUUGUGCCCCUCAUGAGCAUUCUGGGCCUGCCCAACUUGCCCGUCGACUUCCCAGUCUCGCCGGCCUGUCAGGCGGUGGCGUCCGUCUGCAAGUCUAUCUUGAACCUGGCACACGAGGCCCAGGUGCUGCAGCAGGGUCUGAGCCACCUGGGUGCUGUGUUGGCAAGCCUGGAGCCCCUGCACAAGCCCCUGGAUCCCCCGGGGGGUUCUGUGCUCCUCGAAGAGUUGUUGGGGGCCCUGGCUACCUCCCAAGGAGCAUCGGGCAGCGAAGGUGGUGAGGGCGCAGCGGCUACAGUGACGACGCAGCAGCAAUCGCCCUUGCUUCACGCGAUGGCUGCCACUCACGCCUACAUCGUGAUGUUUGUGCACGUCUGCCGCACUGGCCAGAGCGAGAUCCGUUCCAUCUCGAUGAGCCACUGGGGCUCUGAGCUGGGCCUGGGCGUGCUGCGAGGCCUCUCCCGGCUCUACACCUCGCUCGUAUGGGAGAGCACGGUACUGCUGGCUCUGUGCAAUGACUCAGCACUGCCUCCCGGCUGCCCCUUUGGCCGACACCAACUCCAGAGGCUUCAGGGCACCUUGCAGAACAUGCCAGACGCAGUGGCGAGCACGUCUGCAGUGGCCCUGGACGACUCGCCGCCACAGAACGGCAUGGAGGUGGAUGUGGGCAUAGCGGACAGCCCUGGAGGGGCAGCAUCAUCCACCUCUGUGGAUGGUAAGGCCAACAAGACACGUUCGCAGGCAGCUGUUAAGCAAAUCAAGCCCUUGCUGACGGGAGCAUCGCGACUGGGACGUGCACUCGCCGAACUGUUUGGCCUUCUUGUCAAGCUCUGUGUGGGUUCCCCGAUGCGUCAGCGACGUGGUCAGCAGGUGCCGCCAUCCCCCACGGCUCCGUCCCCUUCUGCACGGGCAGUGGCUUCGGCUCUGACCAGACUACUGGCGAACGGUCUAUCCUGGGAGCCACCUCUUACCUCUCCCAUGCCGAAGUUUAGGUAUGCAAAUGAACUCGUUUUUGACCCUGUUGGCAUUGACUCAAGGGCUCACCUUUACAUCUGCUCGGUGGGCUUCACAUCGCCGAUGCUGUUUGACGAACGCAAAUACCCGUACCACCUGAUGCUGCAGCGGUUCCUCUCGUCUGGAGGACAAGACGCCUUCUUCGAGACGUUCCGUUGGGCCCUGACGUGUGGCGGCAAGGUGCCCCUGAGCGAAGGCCUGGAGAGCCCCGACCUGCCCGAAGGCACGGGCGAGUUUCUUGAUGCCUGGCUCAUGCUUCUCGAGAAGAUGGUGAACCCCCGCAUGGUGCUCGAGUCGCCCCACACGCUGCCUGCCCGGUCGGCGACCACCGGCACGGUGCCGGCCUUUAGCCCGGUGCUCUACCUGAUCCACACGCAUAAGCGGGCCUUCGACGCCAUCAUGCAGCUGUGGGAUCGCAAGCCCCUGAAGGUGUACGGCGACCGCAUGUCCGAGUCCAUGCUGGCCAUCCUCUGCCACCUGCUGCGUGGGGAAGGCCUCAUCCGGGAUAAGCUUGCCAAGGAAAAGGAAACAGCGUCGGCUGUUGGUGCUUCAGGAGGCCCAGCUUCCUCAGCGGCGUCUGAUGGUGCGCUGCUACACGGAAGUGUCCGGUCUUCCAGAGGGGCCCUGGGAGCAUCGUCACACGAGGACAUCAACCAAGACCACCUGCAGCAGCUGAUGGACAUGGGCUUCUGCCGAGAGCUGGCCGCGGAGGCCCUCGCGCACUCUGCCUCCCUCGAGCAGGCCACGGACUACCUGCUCAGCCACCCAGCAGCCUUGGCACCGAGCGGGUCCGGAGCCCACCUUGGCGUGGCCGGAUCACCUCUGGUCACAUCUGGACGGCCAUUGGCAGAACUUCCAUCUGACUUGGAAAUGUCGGAGGAAGACCAGAUGAUGCGGGCCAUCGCCAUGUCCUUGGGUGAAAACGUCACACCAGGACAGGCUAAAGAAGGUGACAAAGUGAUGCGUGACGAAGAGGAGGACGACGAGAAAGUUCAGCCCGAAGAGGAGCCGGCAGAACCGGCGGUAAUGGAUCGCUUCACGGAGAACAUGCUGCCGGGCUGCCUGCGGUUGCUGGACGCUCUGCCUGAAACCGUGUACCGUGUCUGUGACCUGCUGGGUGCCGUGGUGUCGCGUAACGGAGUUGUCUGGCGAGACCAGAUGCUUGCCAGCCUGCUUCAGGAGGUUCGGACAACAGUGACAUCCUUGCUUGAGAUAGCCACGCGUGACGACCUGCCCCAGGCGGAGCAGGCUGUCCAACUCGCCACCCUGCCUGUGGCCAACAUGGCUGCUGUGCGUGUACACCUGUUCACCCUGCUCUUUGAGGAGAUGCGCCUGCCGUGUGCCACCCUGCUCGAGGAGCAGAGCCUGGUGGAUCUCCUGGUGCAACUGGUAGACGCAGCCCAGCACGUGCUGGUGCUGCCGACUCCACCCAAGGAGCCACCGACCACGCCUAAGUGGCUGGUGUCGCUGAUCCUGCUUAUUGACCUUUAUGAGAAGGCGUCAGUGGCGUCCAAGAGAAGAGCACCCCUGCUUCAGCUUCCCAAGAGGCAGUGGAAGUGGUUUGACGAUCGUACGGGCCGGUGGAACGCCUAUACUGCUCUGAACAACAAAGCCAUUGAUGAUGCCUACUGCGCAGUCGAACCCAGCGUUCACUUUACGGCUGGGCGGCGCAAGUACACAGUGCAGUUUUCAACGAUGGUGCAGAUCAACGAGGAGACUGGAAACUGGCGCCCCGUAAUGCUUGCCUGGGACGGGAAACCAGCUGCUACGGCGAGUGCCACGACGGGGGUUUCGUCAGCUACAGCAGUCGAUGCCGGCGCCGGAACCAGUGCCAGCACCGCAGUUCAUCCCACUGCACCAGUCGGUGCUGCCGCUUCCGUGGGUGCGUCUGCUUCUGUGCCAACGCUGUCGUCUGCUUCGGCUGACGUGGCCAGCACAGUCCCCACAACAGGUGCCGACUCGGGAAAUGCGUCGGGAUCGUCGACAACACCUGUGACACCAACAACAGUCAAGGGCCUGAGUCCGCACCAGUGCUCGACAUUGAUCAGGGCAUGCGUCGGACUGCUUAGCAUCCCUGUGGAGCCCGACACACUGCAUGGUGUGCUGCGGUUGUCUCUGCGGCUGACGCGGUGCCACGAGGCUGCGCAGGCAUUUGCUGCCCUGGGAGGACCUCGCCUGCUUCUGGGACUCACCCAGGCGUCAGCAUUUUCGGGAUUCGCUUCUCUCGCCUCUCUGCUGGUCCGGCACGUGGUCGAGGAACCGCCCACCCUGGCGCACGCCAUGGACAAGGUUGCUCGCACCAUGGCAACAGCUGGGGGCAGUCCCGUGAGCUCCAAGGAACUCCACUAUGUGCUGCGGGUGUUGGGUCCGGCUGCGUGCCGUGAUCCAAAACUUUUCCAGGAAGUGGCCACCAAUGUCCUCCGCAUCUCUCUCCUGCCAAUGUCCAAAAGGCCCGAAGAGGAAGAAAGCCGGUACACCAGCAGCAACGCCGUGCAGAUCCUCAAGUGCGUCGCAGCCAAAGGGCCGACGGCCUCAGCUCCCGUGGGCGAUCUGGUCGCCCAGGUGAUGAGCGACCUGCUCAACGUCCUGCCCUCCCCACUGCCUACUCCGCAGCCUCAGGAAGGUCAGGCAGAGGUGUCAUCGGACCCCAGUGGGAGCCCGCCCUCAGCUUCCAGUGGAGCAGCAGGAAUAGUAGGUGGUGUCGGUGGCACUGUGCCCGUCGACCUUGUGCGCGAGGGCAGCGGCACUGACCUGCUGGACGAGGAACCUGUGCCCAACCUGGACCCGUCUGGCGGAGUGGAGGACAAGGGUGCGGGGUCUGCAGGGUCAAGCCGCCCUUUCGGUCAGGCCCCCAAGGAAGACAAGAGCCUGCCUUUGCUGCCUAAGUCAGCUGUGUGCCGGCUUCUGGCGGAGCUGGUGCGCUCGUACGCCCCGUGUGCCCGGAUGGUCGCCGAUCACGUCUACACUGCUGGCCAGACAGAGCUCGUGCCGGAGGAGAUCAGUGCGCUGGGCUUCCUGCUGGACAACCUACUUCCGCAGUGCCAGAAGGCAGGCGACAAGGACAGCCCCGCCUUGGCUAGAGUUCUGGUGGCAGCUCUGGCCUCUGCCAACCACUCUCCUGACACGCAGGCCACUCUCGUGGUCGAGGUAAAGGCAGCUCUGCAGCGAGCGCUCGCACUGCCCGAGACGGUGGAGAAGCAUGCCCGCAUCCAAGCGCUGACCGGACUAGUUGGCACCAUGAUCGAAUCUUGUCCACCUGCUCAGGCUGCCUCGUCUUUCAGGCAUCUUCACGCCAGCAUGAACAACAUGGUGCGGGUGCUGCUCCGCCGAGGCUUGCUGACGGACCUGGCACGCAUUCCACACAACCUAGACCUCUCUUCACCGCACAUGGCUGCCACAGUCAACUCUGCCCUGAAACCGCUGGAGACACUGUCACGCAUAGUCAAUCUGCCAUCGCAGGCCGCCCCCGGUGGGCACCCCCGCGGUGGGCGAAAAGCGACGGGCUCUUCGCAGAGCGGAGGGCCCGGGGCGGGCGGAGCCGGUGGUCCAGGAAGCGAAGCUGGCAGCUCCUCUCGCACACCGAUGCUGCUGGCCUCUCACGAUGAGGGACGGGAAGAUGAAGAGGAGGCGCAUGCACAAGUCGGCGACGAAGAACAUCGAGACGGCGAGGACGGGCCGCCGCCUCUUGAACCUGUUGGGGGUCGAAAUGCUGAGAUGAGUUCGUCUGAGGCUACGAAUGCCUAUGGGGAAGUUACGGUAGACGACAACACCGACAGCGAAUCCCACGCAGUCCCCGAGGAAGCGGUGGUUGUCUGCAGCGAAAGCGGUGCUGUUCUGAACGAUGCCGACGGCGUUGACCUGGUUGGCAUUGUGGACGCCCUGCUGGACAGGGACUCUGAAAAUGCGCCCGUUCUCGAGGGUGGCCUGACGGGUCGGGGCGAGCUAACGCUCAGAGUUGAGGCCCAAGAGGAACACGACUCGCAGAUGAUCUCGCAGCGUGAUAUUGAGGAAGUGCACCAGGAGACAACAGACUCUGAAAGCAACUCUGACUCUGGACGCAGCGAAGAUGAAGUUGAGCAGGACGAGGAAAACGAAGACGAAGGGGAUGAGGAGGCGGAAGAUGAAGACGAGGAUGAAGAGGAGUAUCAGGACCUGGAGGAAGCCCUGUUUCGAAUGCAGGACCGAGAUGACAACCUCUUUUUCCACUUUGAGGAAGUGUUCCCGUCAUCUGGCACCUCGAUAAUGUUUGGCGGCUCUGAGGGUAUCCGCACUUACCAGCUGCCUAUUGUUCCCGACGAAAGCAACAAUGGUGCAGGACACAACUACAACAUGAAUGCGUCAGGUCCAUCGAUUCCGCCGCCCCCAGGCACGGUGGCGAGCACGCACCCGCUGCUGGUGCGGCACGGGGACCCCCAGGCUGCAGGUGGCCCCUCGUCGCGGCUGCACCGGCGCACCCGAGGCUUCCGUGCCCAGGGUUCUACGCAUCCCAGCAACAGCAGCGGCACCUGGCACGUGUAUGCCAACCGCCAUCCUAACCCCCCUGCUAUACUCCAGAGGCUACUGGGUCCCAACACAGCGCAGGACAUCCUUCAGCUGACGUCGACAUUCAACCCUGUGGCAUCAUCAACCGCCCAGACGAGGGUGGUGUUUGCCAACAGCGACUUCCGGAUACUCGCUACCGACGAUGACAUUUUUGAGAUACAGGAUCCGGGCACAUUUGUGUCGAGCAGUGGCACCGGAACUUUGGCCAACAUCCCCACAGCCCUGGUGCGGUGGACUGAGGAGUCACGGGUCCUGGACGGAGACAGCAUGCAUGACUGUGUCGCAGGACUCAAGCCGGCCAUCCUGGAGGUUUUAGAGAAACAUCGUGAUGAAGAGCUUGCCGAGCGGCGAGAAAAGCGGUGCAAGCUGCAGGAGUCUCAACCGGCGGCAGCGACGACGUCGUCUGCGGCGCCAGUGUCCGCCAGCACUACCUCCACGACGGCAGCCGCCGCGGCGGCAGCCCAAGCAGAAGACAACAACCACAACCAGGACAACGAGUGCACCAUGAUGUUGCUGGGGCCAUGGCCUUCGACGACGGGUGCCUCGUCUACGACGACGACGACUACGACAAGCAGCCGGAACAUUCCACCUGCAGACUUGGACGAAGUGAUGGCCGCGGCUUCAUCACUAUCCGGAUAUGCAGCUCCGGGGUCACAGUCGCAGCAGCCACAGCCGACUUCAGUGACUGUGGCAACAGCAGCUGUCAGCGAGCCCUCAACUGUGUCAGCAAGGUUGGCGGCGAGGAUACCGCCCAACCCUGAGCCACUGGCGUCCGAGCCAGGCGCAAGUGAGUCGUCUCUGGCUGGCACCGAACGCUUGGCAGCUUCCAUCGUGGAGCGGGUUUUGGGGCCGGCCUUGUCCAUGACUUCCGAGCCUGCAGCCUCGAUGCCGCCAGGUGCUCCACCCAUGAGCUGGCUAGAGGGUUUGGGCAGCACGGCGCUCUCGGCUGUGGCCAAUGCCCUCCAGCAGUCCAGCAGCUGCGCGGGGGGUCUCUUUGCGGCCGCUGGCCAGGCGUGCCCAAUGGACACGUCAGAGCCAACCACGACCACCACCACCACUACUUCGGGGGCAGCCAUGCCAUCUGAGUUCGAAGAUGCUUUCAUAGCAGACGGCCAGAAUCUGAGCAUCGAUGAAGGGGACAGAGACACCGCAUCACCAGACACAAGAGAGGUGGCCGCCAUUGUGGAAGAUGUUGGCUCUGAAGAAUCGCAACAGCCAGCCGAGGAAGUGGAAGCUGGGGUUCCUGUGCCAGCACAGCCACCUCCAGCGCAACGUGCUGCCGACACGGCUGGGCCUUCUGUAUCCAACGAAUAUGCAAGCAUCCUGGGAGACGUCGAGAUUCCCGAAGGCGUGGACCCGUCCUUCCUGGCAGCGCUGCCAGAAAACAUUCGGCAGGAGGUGAUAGCGGAGCAGCUGAGGCUUCAGCGGCUCCGUACGCACGCCCAGCAGCAACAGCAGCAGCAGGCGGCUGCGUCCUCUGCAGACGGUUCGGCCACUUUCACCGAGGUCAACCCAGAAUUCCUGGCCGCCCUGCCUCCCAGCAUCCAGGAAGAGGUGUUGGCACAGCAGCGCGCUGAGCAGCAGCGGCUAGCUGCCCAGAACUGCAACCCCGAUGCGCCUGUGGACCCGGCCUCAUUCAUACAGACCCUGCCGCCGGGUCUGCGGCAGCAGGUGCUGGCCGACAUGGACGACUCUCUGCUGGCACUGCUACCCGCAGAGCUGGCCUCGGAGGCGCACUCCCUGCGGAGGGAGCUGGAGGCCCGUCACAGACAGAUGCAGGAGCGCUUCUUCUCUUCGCACGGGGGUACGGCUCUUUCGCGCAUCCUCCGGUCGGCAGCAGGUCGCAUGGGCACGCGCUACACAAUCCACACGGUGCCACACCAUCGGGGCCAGUGGACAUGGAACGCGCUGUCCUCCCGGGGUGGUGCGGGUGGUGGCUCCUCCGGCGGAGGUGCUUUGGGCCCACCAACUUCUCAGCAGGCCCGCGGUCGUCAACUGCUUGACCAUGAGGCCCUGGCCUGCCUGCUCGUGCUUCUCUUUGUGGACGAGCCGCGCAUCAACACGGGUCGAUUGCAUCGAGUGCUCCGCAACCUCUGCUACCACCCACCCACGCGACAUUGGGUUGUCAAGUCCCUCCUGUCCAUCCUGGAGAAGACGAAAGAGAACAAACCCCUCGAGGCAACGGGUGCCUCGAUGGAUGGCACAACAGCCGCGAACGCGACCAGUCCCGGUUUGCAGCAGCACACUUCCCGAGGCAAGAAGCUGAGCAAGGCCCAGUCCGCUGGCUUGCAGCAGCAGCAGCCGUCGUGGCUCUCCAUCAGCUUGGACGCUGCACUUGGCUGCCGCACGAGCGUCUUUCAAAUUGUGCGGCACUGCAGUAGCAGACGCCCCUGCCCGCAGGUCACCAUCCACCCACAGGCGUCGCCGGUCGUCUGCCGGCAUGUCCUGGACACGCUGAUCUCAUUGGCCAAGAGCUUCCCCGUCCAUUUCCUCCCCGAGAAAGUCCGUGGCGGGCCAUCGGGUCCGUUGUCAUCCGGCAAGGCGAGUGCAGGCGGCGCCGGCACCUCGAGCCGCCCAUCUUCCCGGUCGGCACCCUCAACGUCGGCCGCGUCGUCGCCUCUGGCUGCCGAGCCGGGCAAGGACGGCGACUUCUGGAGCGUCCUGGUGCGGCUCGAUUGCAACGCCGCCGGCAUCAGCAUGGGGAAGCGUGCACCCAAGGCUGCGCAGCCGGAAGAGGAAAGCAACCCAGGGUCCUUCGAAUCGUCUCCCCUGGCCCAGCUGAUUUCGCUGCUGGCGCACCCCGUCGUGAAGCGGAGCUCCGUGCUGACGGACCGCCUGUUGAGGCUGUUAGCACUGGUCUCCAUGGCGAUUCCGGACCAGGAGAAAGAGAACAAACUGCCACCUGCUUCAGCGGCCGCUGCUCCCACUCCGGCAGCGGCGGCGGCUUCUGCCUCCAACAGCACCGUCACGCUGGACAUUGAUGGAGCGCUGCUGGGCCGGGCGACUGAGGUGCCUUCCUGUUCCCGCCAGGAGCAGCAGCAACAGCCACAACAGCAACCACAGCAGCAGCAACCAUCACAGCCACAGCCGCAUCACCCGCAAACUGUUGCUGAAGCCCUGGCGUCAUCAGUAGCAGCUGUAUCUGCAGCAGCCGCCGCAGCUGCAUCGUCAAGGGCACCACUCCUGCCGACCACACCUGUAGUGCCCAUUGCACCGGCAGCACAGACUUCGGCACCCGCAGCUUCAUCACCCGCCGCUUCAGAAAAGGCGGCACCGGAGCAACCCACGGAGGCUGUGGCCAUGGAAGACGACUCUCCACACAUCGAGAACGUGGUGCUCGAACAGCAUCUCAAGCUCGCAGUCGUGUGGGUUAUUGACGCUGACAUCCAAGGCCUGUUCAGAGGAAGGCCUAGAAGAUGCGACUUCCCUAUUGCUACGGCUGUCCGUGGGUGCCCCUCGGCGAUGCAAGUGGUGCUGCGGCUGUUGCUCGAAGGAGCACAAUCGCUCGGUGCCACCGUCGAGACCUCAAUUGCUGCCCUGCUGGCCGAGCUGAGGACGCUCAAUGCGCGCCUGGCCUCGGAGCGCCUUGCCCUGGAGGAGAACGAGCGGGACGAUGCCUACGCCGCUGGACGUGCUGCUACCGUCUCCUCGCCACAGCCCGCCCUGGCGUCAUCAGUAGCAGCUGUAUCUGCAGCAGCCGCCGCAGCUGCAUCGUCAAGGUCACCACUCCUGCCGACCACACCUGUAGUGCCCAUUGCACCGGCAGCACAGACUUCGGCACCCGCAGCUUCAGCACCCGCCGCUUCAGAAAAGGCGGCACCGAGCAAGCCCACGGAGGCUGUGGCCAUGGAAGACGACUCUCCACACAUCGAGAACGUGGUGCUCGAACAGCAUCUCAAGCUCGCAGUCGAGACGCUGACAUCCAAGGCCUGUUCAGAGGAAGGCCUAGAAGAUGCGACGUCCCUAUUGCUACGGCUGUCCCGUGGGUGCCCCUCGGCGAGGCAAGUGGUGCUGCGGCUGUUGCUCGAAGGAGCACAGUCGCUCGGUGCCACCGUCGAAACCUCAAUUGCUGCCCUGCUGGCCGAGCUGAGGACGCUCAAUGCGCGCCUGGCCUCGGAGCGCCUCGCCCUGGAGGAGAACGAGCGGGACGAUGCCUACGCCGCGGGACGUGCUGCUACCGUCUCCUCGCCACAGCCCGGAACAUCGGGCGUCCGGUCAACGCCGGGCACCAUACAGGACCGGUUCACACACUCGACUGUGGUGAUCACGGCACCGGGUGGCCCUGUGGCUGGUCCUGGGGCCCCACCGAGCAAUCGGCUUCCCAAGGGUGGCAGAGAGCUGCAGCUCCCCUCGAUGGGAGCGCUCACCUCCAAGAUGUCGUCACAAGCAUUUUUCCUGCGGGUGCUCAAGGUGGUUAUCCAGCUUAGGGAGGCAGCACAGGGCAGCCUACAGCAGCAGCUGGCAAGGAGGAGACUGUCGGGGGCGUGUGACAUUCCCCCGUCGGCAGAGCCCCUGGCCUUCUCGUGGUCGACAGAGUCGUUCAGCACCAGCACACCCGUUGCUGAGCGCACACCACACCCGGUGCAGCCUAAUGCCAACAACCACAUGGAUGUCGAUGGUGCUGGCGUCUCUGGUGGCCCGGCUGCAGCGAAUGGGCAGAACGGUUCUGCACAACCGUUGGCCGCAUCCACACCGACCCGGCAAGGUUCUGUACCAGGAUCGGAAGCUGGUGCCACAGACGAGCCGCUGCCCCUGAGUGAGGAGCUGAAGCUGGAUUCCCUUUGGAGCACCCUCAGUGAUUGCCUGCUCGAGUUAGCCGACACGCAGGACCAGCAUGCAGUGCUGGUUCUUCAGCCAGCCGUGGAGGCCUUCUUCCUGGUGCACGCUAGCGCCCCCUCGGCUGCUGCGGCCACAGGUGGCAGCGCGUCUGUGGGUAGCUCACGGGACGUGGCUCCCCGGCGGCGCGAGUAUCGCUCGGAGAGCCGCGAGACGCAGCUGGCACACAUCCACCAGGAGAUGGCUCCCCUGUCGCCCCUGGCGCAACAGCAGGACGGCCAGGCACCCGCCACACCUGGCGCAGAACGCCCCGCCGAUGCCCACCUUCACCCAGAUGUCCAGAAGUUCUUGGGUUUCGCUGAGACGCACAGGACGGUGCUGAACCAAAUCCUGCGCCAGUCGAGCACUCCCCUGGCUGACGGCCCAUUUGCCGUGCUUGUUGACCACACGCGUGUGCUCGACUUCGACGUCAAGCGGCGAUACUUCCGGCAUGAGCUCGAGCGGCUCGACGAGGGCUCGCGGCGAGAAGACCUGGCGGUUCACGUCAGGCGGGAGCACGUCUUCGAGGACUCGUUCCGUGAGCUGCACCGUCGUCCCCCGGAGGAGUGGAAGAACCGCUUCUACAUUGUCUUCGAGGGCGAGGAGGGACAGGACGCUGGCGGCCUGCUCCGCGAGUGGUACACCAUCAUCUCCCGCGAAAUCUUCAACCCCAUGUAUGCACUGUUCACGACAUCGCCGGGCGACCGGGUGACAUACAUGAUCAACCAGGCGUCGCACUGCAACUCGAAUCACCUGAGCUACUUCAAGUUUGUGGGACGUGUGAUUGCCAAGGCAGUGUACGACAACAAGCUGCUCGAGUGUUACUUCACACGCUCCUUCUACAAGCACAUUCUGGGCAAGCCAGUCAAAUACACAGACAUGGAGAGCGAGGACUACUCGUUCUACCAGGGCCUGGUGUUCCUUCUGGAACACGGCGUGCGGGCACUGGGCUACGAGCUGACCUUCAGCGUAGAGGUCCAGGAGUUCGGUGUGACGGAGGUGCGCGACCUGAAGCCCGGCGGCCGGCACCUGCCCGUCACGGAGGAGACAACCCAGGAGUACGUGCGCCUUGUGUGCCAGGAGAAGAUGACAGGCGCCAUCCGGCGGCAGCUCAACGCUUUCCUCGAGGGCUUUUACGAGAUCAUCCCCAAGCGGCUAAUUGGCAUCUUCAACGAGCAGGAGCUUGAACUGCUCAUCUCGGGUUUACCCAGCAUCGACGUAGAUGACCUGCGGGCUCACACAGAGUACCACAAGUAUCAGGCCACUUCCCUGCAGAUUCAGUGGUUCUGGCGUGCCCUGCGCUCAAUGGAUCAGGCGGAUCGGGCCAAGUUCCUCCAAUUUGUGACAGGAACGUCCAAGGUGCCGCUGCAGGGCUUUGCCGCCCUUGAGGGGAUGAACGGUGUCCAACGCUUCCAGAUCCAUCGGGACGACCGGUCCACUGACCGCCUGCCGUCGGCCCACACUUGCUUCAACCAGCUGGAUCUACCGGCCUAUGAGACUUACGACAAGCUGCGUACCAUGCUGCUCAAGGCCAUCCAGGAGUGCACCGAAGGCUUCGGCUUUGCCUAAGGAGACGAGAGGGACGACAGGAGGCCUCCGCGCUGCUGUUCCUGCUUCCACCAGCACCUCCUCCUCCUCCACCUUUAUUUGUGAUGUGUACAGACAGGAAUGCAACAGAGCCACAGAUGUUACCUAUCGACUUCUCUUGAUUUCUUCUCAAGGAAAAAAAAAAAAAAACACAAGACGACUACCGCCAUGCCUGUACCCCUGCUACCGUUCGCUACCGCCGGAGUACCAACUACUACCUACUACCAGCCUUGUCAAGCCCCCCCCCCCCCCCCCUUUUUUUUUUUUCGUUUAGGAUUUAACUUCAAUUUCACCCCUCUGUUUCGUCUCUCUUGUACAGUAUUAGGGAUCCUUUCUAUUGCUCUGUAGAGCAACAAGUGUGUGAACUUUGCCAGUUGCUUUUUUUUUUCUUCUAUUCUUUUUCUCAGCCCCUUUCCAUCUGCCCAACUUGUCCCAAGCCUUUCGACAGUGUCUUCAUUUUUGUCCACUGACGGCUAAAGUUGGCUGCAUGUCUAUAGGAAAUUGUAUGUAAUGGCUGGGGUUUUUUAUAUACAUACUUAUAAAUACUACGAGCAUUCUAUGGCCAGAGAUGUACGUGUGUUUAUUUCAGACUCGUAUGUUUUUCUUUCUCCCCCUCCACAGUGCUGUGGGCGGAGGUGAUGUUUUUUUUUUUAUGUGGUGUCCUUGGGGGAUGGUGUGUUGCUUGUGAAAAAAGAGAAUACACUGGCUCUUUCUAUUUACUUGAA